UGACCUUGCCCCUGGCACGCUCCGCGCACGCGCAGGCCGCACAGGCCGCGGCUGGGCCCAUGGCGUCCGAGCGGCUCCCGAGCCGGCCAGCCUGCCUCCUCGUGGCCAGCGGCGCUGCGGAAGGCGUGUCGGCCCAGUCCUUCGUCCACUGCUUCACACUGGCCAGCGCCGCCUUCAAUCUGCAGGUGGCCACCCCCGGGGGGAAGACCAUGGACUUCGUCGACGUGAACGAGAGCAAUGCGCGCUGGGUGCAGGACUUCCGCCUCAAGGCCUACGCCAGCCCCGCCAAGCUCGAGUCCAUCGACGGUGCCCGGUACCACGCCCUCCUGAUUCCCAGCUGUCCUGGGGCCCUGGCUGACCUGGCCAGCAGUGGGUCCCUGGCUCGCAUCCUGCAGCACUUCCGCUCCGAGAGCAAGCCCAUCUGUGCUGUGGGCCACGGCGUUGCCGCCCUCUGCUGUGCCACGAACGAGGACAGGUCCUGGGUGUUCCAAGGCUACAGCGUCACGGGGCCUUCCGUGUACGAGCUCGUCCGGGCACCCGGCUUCGCCCACCUGCCCCUGGUCGUGGAGGACUUCGUGAAGGACGCGGGGGCCUGCUUCAGUGUGCACGGUUUCAAACGUGAUGGCGACCCCGUGUUAAGGCCAGGAUGGACCUUGGGGUGGAUGCCGCAGUGUCACCACGUCCCUUCUGACGCUGAGAGAAAUGCUUUUAAUUGUGGAUACGACUCACGGCCCUGCCCAGGUGGCCUCGGGUCCUGACGGCCGAGCCUGGUUUUGCAGCGGCUCUGCCUGUUUCAAGGUGGACGCAACGGAGCCGAGUUCCACUUGGAAGGAGGCCUUGAGCGUGGCUGGCUAGGCUGGGUUGGCAGGGGCGGCGGACAGUCCUGCGGAUGCCAGGUGGCUGUCCAGCCAGCCGAGUCCCAGCGCAGCCUGGUCGCUCUCCAGCUUCCCCAGGGCACCUGUCCUGGCCUGUGGCCCUUGGCUGGGGCCUCCUGGAGCUGCUCUGGUCCCGUGUGUGUCACCAUCCUUGUCUCAGCCUGACCAGCUCUGCCACAUCCAACCCUUCAGAACAAAGGAGGAGGAAGCAGGGCGCCCCGAGUCGGAGGCGGUGCUCCCACGUGCUCCUUUCUGACCGGUAUCUCCCGGUGUCAGGGCCCCUGCCACCUGCUGGCCUGCUUUGUGCACGUGGCGCCUGGGCAGCCCCAUCGGUCGCCCGUGUUUGCAGUCGUCACAUCACGGAGUCAUGGACGUCUCUGGACAAAAAGUUUUUUUCAAAUGAUGACGCCUUCUGACUGUGCAGACCAAGACCCAGGCGGGCUCUGCGGGGGCCUCUCCACAGCCCUGCUCCGUGGCGGCUGACGCCGAGUCUGCCCCACUGGCUGGGCCUGGGUAUGCCAGGUCCAGGGCACUGGGGUGGCCGCCGGGUGGGUGCAGGUGCCUGUGCUCCCGGGGGUUCUCCACAUGCCCCGGGUGUUGAAAAUAGACGCUGAGGUUUAUCCAAGAGAGAGACCUACAACUCCACAAAAACAGUGCGUGAACAUCCGUGGUGUUUUUCGCGAUAAGUUGUAGCUUCCAUAAAAGGAGUAUUCUUACUACUGGACAAUAUUAAUGUCCGUGUGGUGGAUCCUUGGAAACAUCAUGCUCAGCAAAGGAAACCAGACAUAUGAAAAACCCAAAACUAAAAAAAAAACAAAACAAAACAAAAAAAAAAACCCAAAACUUCAGAGUGGAUCGGUCAUUUAUGGCUGGGGGUGGGGGCAGAGCGAGGGACAAGCGUGUUCUAAGGCGCUGGCCGCACAGGGCCACCUGCGGACAGGUGGGCUUCACGUCCGUCACUGGCAUCCACCGUCUCCAUCCUGAGGCCCCAGGCCAGGCAAGACGGGGAGCUGAGACCUCCAAGUCCUAGGACACAGGCCUUUGAGCAGCUCAGGGGGAGGGGGCCGCAGGAAGCCUUAGCCCCCCGACCCAACCUGGCCAGGCAGCUGGGGGGCUGGGGGCGAGAAGCCCUGCCCACCUCAGCAGGUCCCUGUGCUGUGGCACCCACCCCCACCCAACCCAAGGCCAGCCCCUCAGCACCAGGGUGGGUGGGGCAGCCUGGGCAGGCUAGGUGGCCCGAGGGGUGUGGCCCAGGGUGGCGCCUGUCCCCGGAGUCCUACCUGUUCAGCACUGCCCCUGCCUUUGGGGAGGGUUGCAGCUCCAGAACCACAAGUCCCAGCUACCUGCUCCAGCCCCAGCAGACGGGGGUUCCAGGAGCCCCACUCACUUGCAGGGAGUCAUGGGGAACAAGCCCAGCCCAGCAGGGGCCCCCAGGGUGGGGGUGGGGGGCACAGGGGCUCCCCGUUGACCCUCAGCCAGACCCAGGGCAGCGUCCCACAGGCCUGUGCUGACAGCUGGCUCCACUGGCGCAGACCUGGAGGGCCAGCCGGGGCUCCUUCCCCCCACCUCGUGCUCCCAGGCAGUCUCACCCAGACCCUGCGUCCCCCCCACCCCACAGCUUCGCUGUUCCAGGAACAGAGGCUGGUCCCAGGGGAGAGGAAGGCGCUCCCCUGGGGACCACCCAUCACCGCCCCCCACCAACCCCUUCCCAGUGCAGCACACCUGUCGCUUGAAAAAUCCAGAGGCUGCAAGUAAAGUACUUGUCUCCACAAGCUGGGCCCUGCCUCUGCUCGGGGUUUGAGGUUUGGAAGCCCUGCUCAGCACACGCUACGCUGUUCCCACAAGGUGGCGCCAUCGCCCCACAGGAAGCCGGGGCCUGUGGAAGGUCGCGGCCGUGCCUCCGCCCGGGGGCAGCGUGGAGACGCGUGGGGGGAGGCCCUGACGCGGCGGCUCCGCUCCCGCACAGCUCCAGAGGGCCCCUGGCGCCCUCUCACCCAACUCCGCCAAGCACAGCCCACAAGCCCCGGGCCGCAGACGCACAGGAAGUGCUCAGGCAGGUCCCCGCCUUCUGCGUCAAGGCU